CAAUGACGAUACUGUACGAUCCUGCUCGAAAAAAAGAACCACCAUCUUCUAUAUCCGUACAAUACACUCACGAGCGAGAUCAGUGCAUGAAGUACUUUGAAAAAUGGAGUGAGCCAGAACAAGUGCAUUUUGUUGAGCAAUUACUGGCACGGAUGUGUCACUAUCAACAUGGCCACAUCAACGCUUACCUAAAGCCUAUGCUACAGCGAGAUUUCAUAUCUCUACUGCCGAAAAAAGGACUUGAUCAUGUUGCCGAGGGCAUUCUCUCUUACCUAGACAAUGAAUCAUUGGCAGCGGCUGAGCUGGUAUGCAAAGAGUGGUACAGAGUUAUUAGCGAGGGAAUGUUGUGGAAGAAACUAAUAGAACGAAAAGUUCGAACUGAUUCAGUAUGGCGUGGUUUAGCGGAAAGGAGAGGAUGGAUCCAGUACCUGUUUAAGCCACGAUUGGGCGAGAAUCAUCCAAAUCAUGCAUUUUAUCGCAACCUUUUUCCGAAAAUAACCCGCGACAUCAAAAGUAUCGACAACAAUUGGCGCAAUGGUAUCUUCAAUCUUCAACGAAUAAAUUGUCGUAGCGAGAAUUCAAAAGGUGUCUAUUGCUUGCAAUACGAUGACCAGAAGAUCGUUUCAGGCUUACGCGAUAAUACUAUUAAAAUCUGGGAUAGAAAUACGUUGCAGUGUGUCAAGGUUUUAACUGGGCAUACGGGUUCGGUUCUCUGUUUGCAGUACGAUGACAAAGCCAUCAUUUCCGGUUCCUCUGACAGCACAGUUAGAGUUUGGGAUGCAAAUACUGGAGAGAUGGUAAACACACUGAUACAUCAUUGUGAAGCAGUGCUGCAUCUAAGAUUCAAUAACGGGAUGAUGGUUACCUGCUCAAAAGACCGAUCAAUAGCUGUUUGGGACAUGACGUCGCAGACAGAAAUAGCGUUACGUCGCGUUUUGGUAGGCCAUCGAGCAGCAGUUAACGUUGUCGAUUUUGACGAGAAAUACAUAGUUUCGGCGAGUGGUGACAGGACUAUAAAAGUAUGGAAUACAUCGACAUGUGAAUUCGUGCGAACGCUAAGCGGUCACAAGCGCGGUAUCGCCUGUCUGCAAUAUCGUGAUCGUCUUGUAGUUAGUGGUAGCAGCGACAAUACGAUUAGAUUAUGGGAUAUUGAAUGUGGGGCGUGUUUGCGCGUCCUCGAGGGACACGAAGAACUUGUCAGAUGUAUUAGAUUUGAUAGCAAGCACAUUGUCAGCGGCGCUUACGAUGGUAAGAUUAAAGUUUGGGAUUUAGUAGCAGCAUUGGAUCCACGAACAAUUACUACUAACCUAUGUUUACGUACGUUGGUGGAGCAUACUGGGCGCGUAUUUCGGCUUCAAUUUGAUGAGUUCCAGAUCGUUUCAUCUUCUCAUGAUGAUACUAUUCUUAUCUGGGAUUUCUUAAAUUGUAACCAAGAUAAUUCGGGUAGUGAUACUAAUAAUGCUAGUGGAUUUCGUAAUAAUAACGCAACUAUUAACGUUAACCAGUCCGAUACUAGAUCUCCAUCUCCAGCAUUUGAGUGACGCAUCAAUACGAUGAUUCUUUUAUUGUGAUAUAAUUACAAGUGGUUAAAUAGUGAUUUUAAUGUGUUCACGAUAACAUGCGCAAAAUAUGAGGAUAGUUGCAAAGGAUAAAACUUGUUCAGUUUGAGCAACCUCAGUUAUCGUGUUGGAACAAAAAGAUAAAAGAAAGAACUCGGAAAAUGACCAUUUUUUAUAUAAAAAUGGGCAGAGAAAAAAUAAUUUUUCCAAGGUCUCCGAAUAAUCGACUUUCAAUAAACCGGAAAACAUAAAAAUACAGUGAUAACAAUAGCGACGUGCAUUAUAUACAAAAAUACAUCCCAUGGAUGUAAAAAGGACAUAAUAAUCGAGUGUCCAUUUUGGUCCAAUAGAUAUCCAAGGAAGCUUUGUGCUUUAUAUGAUAAAGGUGACCACUUUUUCCUACUGUAACGGGAUGAUAAAGAAUAAAAACAAGUAUAUAAACAAAAAGACUUCUGUAAGACGAAUGAACAUUUUUAAGG